AUGCGGGCACUCUUUCGACCGCCGGCAGCGGCAUUGCCUACCUUCUCCUCACUUCUUCGACCUCGACGCGGUCUCCUGACCCAGGCCAGAGUGAAAGGCCCUCUACACCCUCCUUUGCUCGAAGAAACUGUCGGCGAGAACCUUGCACGCAUCGUUUCCGCACAUGGCGACCGAAAUGCGGUCAUCUCCAGACACCAAAACAAGCGACUGACAUACCACCAACUCGAUCUCGACAGCAAUGUCCUGGCCCAUGGACUUCAAAGCUUGGGGGUCAAAAAGGGUGAUCGGGUCUGCGUGUCGCUGGGCAACAAUCUUGAAUUCGCGACAAUUACAUAUGCAUUGUUCAAGCUGGGAGCCAUACUUGUCCCACUGAACCCGGCCUUCACUUCGACCCAGAUUAUUUCGGCCUUCAACCACUUGUCUGCCACACAUCUAGUCAUUGGAACCGAGACAAAUCUACCAUACAAACCACCGCGGCCAAAUGUCUCGCUUCUGGAAGCACUUGUGCCUGAUCUCUCAAGCUCGACUCUUGUAUCCGAGGCGAUUCCGUCGCUGAAGAACAUCAUCCUCGUCGAUAAUUCCGCGGGUCGGAUAGAUCCCAAACCUUUCCGAGCGACAACACCCUGGGCAUCGAUCUCACAGGACACGGACACACGCCCUCCCACGCCGUCUGCCCCUCUCUCGAAUCGUGAGGUGGUCAACAUUCAAUUCACGUCUGGCACCACAUCCAUGCCGAAGGCUGCCUGUCUGUCGCACAGAUCGAUUCUCAACAACGGGAAUCAAAUAGGGGACCGGAUGUUGCUGACACCGGAAGAUGUCGUAUGCUGUCCUCCACCUCUGUUCCAUUGCUUUGGGUGUAUCCUAGGGUAUAUGGCGACCGCGACUCAUGGCUCCGCCAUAGUCUUUCCCACUGAAGCAUUCGAUCCUCUGGCGUCCUUGAAGGCUGUACAAGAGGAGAAAGCUACAGCCCUUUAUGGUGUCCCUACCAUGUUCCUUGCGGAACUGGAGCUCCUUGAUGACGAAAAGAUUGCAUAUGAAGGCUUCCAGUAUCUGCGCACCGGCAUUGCAGCUGGCUCGUCCGUGCCCGCCGAGCUGAUGCGUAAAUUGCACAAGACUCUAAAUCUGACCGAGUUGACGAUUUGUUACGGAAUGACGGAGACCUCUCCCGUUUCUGCGAUGACAACGACAGACGACCCAAUUGAGAAGCGCAUCAACACCGUCGGCCGACUGCUCCCGCACGUUGAGGCGAAAGUGGUGGAUCCUUUCGAUCAUGACAAGAUCCUGAAUGUGGGUGAACGAGGGGAACUUGCAGUCCAUGGCUACCUGGUGAUGAAGGAAUAUUGGGGCCAGCCAGAAAAGACAGCAGAGGCCAUCAAAACCGACGAGGAGGGCAAGGCAUGGAUGCAUACCGGCGAUGAGGCAUCAAUAGACGAAGACGGCUAUGUCAGUAUCACUGGGCGCAUCAAAGACCUGAUCAUCCGCGGCGGAGAGAACAUUCACCCGCUCGAGAUUGAGAACUGUCUCUUUGCACACCCCAAGAUCGCCGAGGUCUCGGUGGUCGGUCUUCCAGAUCCCAGAUAUGGAGAAGUCGUUGCGGCGUUUGUCAUUCGCAGGCAUCAUCUGCCCCCAGGAGAGAAGCCCAUAACCCAGGAGGAAGUCAGGAGCUGGGUCAAAGAUCGCAUGAGCCACCACCUGGUACCAAAAUAUGUCUUUUUUGUGCAGGACUAUCCAAAGACGGCCAGUGGGAAGAUCCGUAAGUACUUUGCCCGAUUUUUGCACUUGUUGGCGAGACUGUAA